ACUGCCAAACCUUCCUAUGCCAACUGGCAAUAUGUUUUGAAUGUCUCAGCACGUGUUAAUUGCAAUACAAGCGAAUGGAACGAACCAACUAAAGUGGUUUUCAAAACUGCGCCGCGUCAACCCGAUCGUGCGCCACGCACUUAUGUUGGUGGUUUCGACAUUAAUGAGGCAGACAUAAUAACUUUAUAUUGGGAGGGUUUGGCAUUACGAGAGAGAAAUGGUGAAAAUUUCACUUACGUUAUUCAAGAAUUGGACAUGUAUGGACAAGAGUUAAAUUCAAAAGAAACCAAUAGCACAACAGUUGACUUUCGAUGGGUCUCAAACCAUCCUAGAAUUUAUAAAAUAUUCGGCAAAAAUGCAGUCGGUGCAUCGUCAAAUGCAAGCAUAAUACGAGUUGUCUCACCCAGAGAAUUCAGUCCUCCAUUAGAAAUUGAGAAGUUGUUGGAAAAUGGAGCAUUCAUAUUAAAAUGGCAGCAUCCAGGUGACUACGAAAAGCGACCACCAAGCAACUAUACUGUCUUCUGGUGUCAGCAAAGGUUGAUGAAGAAAAAAAAGUGUGACGGUUCCAUGCACUUCACAGUUGUAGAAAAUACGAGAACCAAUUAUACCACACACGCGAAGGAUCAACUUAUAAUGGCCGUGGCAGCCAACUAUCCACGCGGAAGUAGUGGAUUUUAUUGGCCCCAUUGUUUUAACGAUUUAAAUGCAUAUUUAGAUGCAUUCAAUGGCUACAAUAUUACCUAUUGCAUAUUGAACAAUAGCAUGGUGUCCAGUUGUCAUUCAGAGCGCGAAAAUUCGACACAAAGUAUUAGCUUCAAUUUAACGAAUUUGGAAGCAUAUACAUUUUAUUACAUCAGCAUACAGUUAUAUGGCGUUAAUAAUCGAAAGAGCCCGCCCAUUGCAAUCAAGGCACAAACCCUUCAAGCAGCACCUGAACCGCCAACUAAUCUAAAUUAUACGGACGUAACAAGUCAUUCGGCGAAAAUUUCAUGGAAAGCGCCAACUGAAAGACAUGGAGUUCUGACAAAGUAUUAUAUUUGGUAUGUUGGAUCUGUCUAUGAGGUAUGGCUAACGGCGUGGACAAAACAUCAAUCAAUUAAGAGCGCUUCAGUGAAUAUCACCACCAUGAUUGGCAUACCAAUGCCACCGACAGAUGUAAAUCUAUAUCUAAACGGUAGUGAUUAUGUGCUCAGUUGGACUGCAGCGGAAAAUUCAGUCGGUCAUAUGGUGUUCUACGAGCUAAUUUUUAAUGCCAAUAAUCAAAUAAAAAAAUUAACGGUACAGCACCCAAAUUCUAACGGUACGGUAACAGGAACAGAUAAUAAACUCGUGUGCCGCCUAAAAUAUCCCGGUUGCCCGAAGGGCGUACAAAAUAUGCAAGUACGCACUAUCAAUGUGGUAGCCGAAAAAGAUUUAGAUAAGAGCACGUUUACUAUCGCGGGCGAAGGAAUGCAACGAGCACGCCGUCACACCAAUCCUUCAUACGCACCAAGUACCGUUCGCACGCAGGCAACUGCUAAUGGUGAAAUGUAUAACAAGUCCCACAAACAAAAGGAACAUAUAUCGGCUGAUGACCAUAAGGAAGCGAAACUAGCAUACAAAUAUAAAACGCACCAAGAUUUCGUGUGUGACGUAGUUGGUGGAGGUAUCCGAACACAAUUACCCGAUAUAAAGAAUACCGCAUAUUACAUGCUGAAAUCGGAUGCAAGCAGUUCACACAAUUUCACUUGUUCAGAAUUUGAGUGGGCACUGUUAGUGGCUUCGAUUAUUUUCGUUAGCGUGUUCAUAGCGACCAUAGUUUGGACUUACAAGUUUGUGCAACGUCAAUGGAAGGUGCACGUACAAUUACCAGAAUCGGUGCUACAACUAAUGAGCAUGAGUUCAAAAUUACCCAGUUGCUUGGAGGAUAAUAAACCGGAAAAUAUUUCCAUUGUAUCGACAAAAGCUAGCGAUGGUGCAUCGCUAAUCAAUAUUGGAAAGACGUCCGUACCCUCGUGUAGCAGUGAAAGUGGUGUCGAUGGCGUUGGCGACGCUGACAGUGACACGCCGAGUACAAGUAGCGAAGAUGUCAAUAGGGAAUUUUCACGCUGUUGGGCGAAAAGCGAGCCGGCAUCGCCACAGACUACGGUAACUUUAAAUAGCCUUAGCUACUCUUCGCAUCAACCAUCACCGUUGCGGUGUAAAAAGCCAUUUGACAAGCCCAUUCUUAUUAAUGAUGACUACUUACAAGCGGAACAAAUAAUACCAAUUAUUGCUAAUGACAGCAGCACAUCGAGCGAAUCUUCAUAUUUACCCUUACAUUCAAUUAAAUCGAAGUCGAGCUCAACUUCGGAGAGUAGCGGUAACAAAGGAAGUUUUGGUGAUUAUGUUACAGCGGGUGAUAUUGCUGCAACAGUGACAACAUCAACUGACGCUAUGCUCAACAAACAUGCAAAGACGCCGCUUUUGCUACAAAUGACAAAUAAUAACAAUAAUAAUAAUAACAAUAUUAAUAAUAAUAAUACAUUAAAAAAUGCGCCGCUGGCUAACAAUUAUGUACUACCAGACUCACUCCACAAGUUGCCAACAGCGCACGUCGAAAGGAACUCCGUAAACCCUCUAGAAUCAAAGCUCUUACAGGCGAAAGCUGCAACGGCGCAGGCACACCUCUUUCCAACGCUUGCGACCGACGAUUAUGUGCUACCCGAUUCAUUACUUAAGUUGUCCACAGCACAUACCGCUACCAUACGGCAAGAUCACAACGAAACUGAUAAGCCAUUUCAACAACAAUUGCCACAAACUACAACCAUACCAGCGCAGUCGGAUCUAAUCGCUGCAUCACAGCAACACGAGACAUCUCUAUUGCCACUACCGCAACAACACUUGCAAAUUAAUUCUACGCAAGCGCAACCCAAUAUUCUUAAAAAUAUGCCACUCACACACUGUGGUUAUGUACUACCCGAUACGUUAACCAAGUUUGUUGCUGCACAAAACGCUGUCAAUGACGCGGACAUUGACGACGAUACGCAGACGCCAGCGCACCAGCAAGUUCGACCAAUGGUUUCAUACGGCUAUGUUACAUCAGAUUUUUGGUCACAGCAAAAUGCAAUGAAAUGAAUUUGAACUCAUAGAACUGCUACGAAGCCGAAUCGUAUAAUUUAACCAAAAAAAGUGAAAAGAUUUGCACAAGCCAAGCUUACUUAGUGAUCGUAUGCGGCAAACGUUUGCUGUGCUGACGUUGUAAAAAUCCUAAAAAAAAUCGUACCGAGCAUUUUGCAUAUUUAUUGCUUAAUUGACUGCUAGCGAAAUUUUUACUAUCACGGCCAAAGGCUUAGGCGUUAUGUAGUUGUUGGUGAUUUACAUUUAAAAACUAUUUCGCGACUGAUUUACUGUUGUUAUACGUAUAAAGUGUGUGCGCAA